AUGGGGACGCAAGAGAUUUCCAGCGGAGAAGAAAGAACCAACCCUCACUCCGAGCCAAGUCCUAUACUAAUCUUGAUGUUUGUUGCCCAUGUCAGCCUCUUGAAAGAAAUCGGCAAAGGCGAACGCAUUGCUCUUUCCCGCCUCUCCAUCGAGCAUCUGCAGAAACAAUCUCGGCCUCUUCGAAUCGCUAUUGACGCAGCGAUCUGGAAUUUCCAGACCCAGCACGGCGGGCAAGGUGGGAAAAACCCAGCCCUUCGGACACUCUUUUACCGCCUUGUGAAGUUACUAGCCUUGCCCAUCCAGCCCGUGUUUGUUUAUGAUGGGAAGAAUAAACCCCUCACAAAAAGGGGACGCACUGUGGCGAAAUGGUACGGAGGAUGUGUCGAGAGCGAGAUGUCGAAGGCUCUAGUUUCCUUGUUUCGGUUCCCGACGCACGUGGCGCCUGGGGAAGCCGAGGCGGAAUGUGCUAUGCUUCAACGGGAAGGGGUCGUGGAUGCGGUUAUGACGCAGGACGUUGAUGCCAUCAUGUUUGGUUCUGGCCUUACGCUGAGGGAUUGGUCAAAGGAGGGAAAUGGGAAGGGGAACCAUACACCCACCCACGUGAGCGUUUUGGAUUUGCCGCGAAUCAAGGACCUGAGCGGGCUAGAUCCCGAGGGAAUGGUCCUAGUAGCGCUUUUGAGUGGUGGUGAUUACGACGAGGGUGUCGGUGGGAUUGGAUCUAUGUUGGCAUGCGAAAUUGCGAGAGCAGGGUUUGGGAGUGAUCUCCUGGAACUAGUUAGGAACGGAGGCGAAGACGGGAUUAGGGAGUGGAGGGAAAGGUUGCAAUUCGAGCUGGAGACCAACGAGAGUGGCUAUUUCAAGACGAAGAGGAAAUCGAUCCGGAUCCCCGACAGUUUUCCAGACAGGAAAAUUUUGGGAUAUUAUAUGAACCCGGCUGUGACACCAUCGAGCGAAGUGAAGAGUCUGGAAAGGAAAUGGAUUAACACAUGGGACGGAGAAAUCGAUAUUCAAGCCCUCCGGGACUAUACGGCUGAAAUGUUCGAAUGGAUGUAUAAGCCGGGUGCUUGGAAAUUUGUGCGAGCUAUGGCGCCGGCUCUUCUUGCGGACCGGCUACGACGCGGAGCGGCAACAUCGUAUCUUACAUCUGUCGACCAAAUCACCGAACGGAGGCAGCAUUUCGUGAGUGGUGGCAUUCCAGAACUCAGGGUCACAGUGAUUCCAGCCAACAUCGUCGGACUCGAUCUCGAUGCAGAAAAGGACAGCCCAGAGUAUCUGCAGCUCCUUGCCGAGGAAGAGAAUGAAGGCGCUGAAGGGGAAACAGAAAAAGCAGAGAUGGACGACAAUGCUCCCCUGAGUCCGUCUAAGAAGCGCAAAUCUCCUCCCUGGCUGCCUGAUGCGCCAGAGAAAAUGUGGAUUGCACAGACAAUCGUCGAGAUCGGGGCUCGAGAGCACGUCGAACAAUGGAAACGGAUCCAGUUCGAGAUCAAUAAUGAUCCCAAGAGGUUUGCAACACGGAAAUGUCCCAAGAAGAAGGAGGUGCGAAAGCCGAAACAGGCUGGAGGUAUGCAGCCUGGGGCUCUUUUGAGCUACGUUGUCCCUGCGAACGAGUCCAGCGAGCCUGAGACCAAUAUUGCAAAACCCAUCACAUCGCCCCGCCCUCGCCCUCGCCCAAAAGCCAAUACCGGUGCACCACGAAGACCCAAGUCGCCCGAACUCAAACCAAGCCAGCUAGAGGAAGGGCACCCACCGACGAUGUUGGGUUAUUUCAAGUCGGUCAAGGGCAGUCAACCUUCGCAGGAUACAAUAUCAUUGCACGACAGUUCAUCAUUUGAUCUUGUCAGAUCUGGUGGCGGCAAGGAGGAUGACCCAUUCAUGCUCAGCGAUGAAAUCCGGGGAGACAAACAUUCAAGGCCGUCAACUUCGAGCUCAGCGGAAACAGCACGGCCGAAAAUUUUAGCGACUGUGACACAGGGAGAAAACCUAUGCGGCAGCGCUGUAAAAGAGACAGCGCUCACCAUCUCUUCGCCAGACGGGAGAGAUUCCGACUCAGCAGUAGACCACCAGCCAGGACAGGAAGGUUUGGAUCCGGACAACACAUUGAGCAAUGUCACGCGGCGCACGCCCAGAAAGCGAGCGAAUAAGUACCGAAUGCUUACCGAAUCCGGAGCACCGAAUGGGAGUAUGACCCAACCUCAGCGGCGUAUCGCGAGUUUCUUCAAGCCAUAUGUACGGAAGAAAGCACCGCCAGCUAAAGGUGCAUCGACCGAAGAAGAAAUCAAAACAAUUGAAGCUCUGCCCGCGUUGACGCUGGGAGUGUCGGCAAAUUCCUCUGCGGCCACGCACAUCCAUGCGAUUGCACGGUCGAGCCUGCCUGGCACCUGGAGAGAAGUCGAGUGCGAGUCGGGCCCGAGCACUCAGAUAGACCCAUCUCUACCAUCAACUCGUCCUCCUCGGGUGAGUAUAAUCGACCUAACUUCCGACUGA